UUUAUUUCAUAUUUCACAUACGAGAAGAACAUUUGUCCACCUAUCUUCUGGUGAAAUUUCGGCGCGUUUCGCCCAAAGGUUCGCCGUAUAUUUUCUCCAAAGCGAGAAGUUCUGUGAUCGAUGCGAUUCAGAGGAAGAAGGGAGAUAGACUGAAGAAUACAAGGAUCCAAUACAAAGAGAGGGACGUCCAUGGCUACAGGACGUGCCUAAGAUGGAGCCAUACCCAAGUAGGGCCUACCAGGACUCUCCGUUAGCCACACCUUUCUAUGAGGACCAGCCGCUCCACCACGAGCCUGAGCUUAUGGAGCAAGAAGACGGCUGGGACGAGUGGCCAGAAUGGGAAGAGAAUGAAGAGGACUCAUGGACAGGAGAGUUCCAGGGAAACAACACACAGCAGAGGCAAUCUAAUGGACAUUUUACACCAUUAGAGAACUCAUACCAACCAGUUGAAUUAUUUGCACCAAACUCCCCUCCAAAACCUCAGCAAAAUCAGCCCAAGCCUCCAAAGCCCUCAAACAAGACAGUGAAACAAGCAGCACAAACUCCUAGCAAGCCAAGCUUCCUAUGGGAUGCACCGACACCCGCUAGUGCGCCACCUGCCAGUGCAUCACCCAAGGCACAAAGUACACAGGGCAUGUCUUCAGGUACAUCUGAGCAACCUUGGUUCUCACCAGCUAACACUGUGACUGCAUUUGGUGCCAAGCUUGCUUCCAGCCUGUUUGGUCCCAUCACAAAUGAGAACAGUUUGUUUGGUGGUGCACAGCCAACUCAGCUGUUUGGACAACCUACGAAGGUUGACACUGUGAACUUGGCCCAUGGCCAAGAUCAACGGCGGCAGGGUCAACACUUCACACCUCCGCUGACAAAUCAACAGCAUGUGCCUGCGACCUCUGACCCAAAAGGCUUCUUUGACCAGCAAGGAAGCCAGGCUUCUGAAAGGACGGGAACUGCACCUCCCAAGUCUACAGCAAACUUUUUCAAUUCAUUACCACAACAGUCAUCCAGAGCUGGGUUUUUUGGAGAGGAAAAAAGUCAUACUCCUUCAGUCUCAGUCCCUCCUCCAGCCCCAAAGUCAUUCUUUGGACAAAGUGAGAAAGACAGGCACAUUGUCAAUGGAAAAACUGCUUCUGAGGAAUCUGCAGCUAGCUUUUUUGGUCCAACCUCAAAGCUAGGAUCAGAAGGCACUGUGAAUAAACCAGCAAAGACUGCAGCAGACUUCUUCAAUCAAGUCCAUGACAUGCAGUCAGGAGCUUCUAUCUUUGGAGGAGAUGAAAAACCGAGCAAAACUCCACCACCAACAAACUCCAAAGGAUUCAAUCCCUUAUUCAGCCAGCAUGCGAGCCAAGCUCGACCAAAGUCUGCAAAUUUCUUCAACCAAGUUGGAGGUUCAAAGCAAGGAGCGGAUUUCUUCGGUGGCGAGGAGGUAGAACCAGCAAAGGCAGGUGGAACUGGUCAUUUAUUUGCAAAAAAGGCAAAUGCACAGAAGGUGUCACCUCCUUCUAUGCAGCCUUCGACACAGCAAGUGGAGAAAACUGCGCCAGUAUCCACCCACUCAAACCAGGAGAUAGUUGAAGAGCCUGAGGAAUCAGAUAACGAUGUUCCUCCACUAGAAGAAGCUGAACUUGAACCUGGUGUGCCUACCCUGUUUCCUGCAGGGGGAGAUUCUGCUGUGGGUGCAUCAUGGGAUCAGCAACCAGCUGCACCAAGUGCAUCUUACCCCGGUGCAGAUACAACCGUGCCUACACCAUGGGACAAGCAUUCAAGUGCACCUGCAGAGUUUCACCAAGUCUCAAAUACGAACACACCUUGGGAGGAUCAGUCAACUGCACCUGUAGAGUCUGGCCUAGCUGCACCCUGGGAUGAACAGCCUAGUGCAUAUACGGGUUCCCACCCUGUUGAAAAUACUGUGGCUGCACCUUGGGAGGAUCAGUCAGCUGCAUCUGUUGAGUCGCACCCUGUUGCAGAUUCUGCUGUGGGGGCAGGCUGGGAUGAGCAGACAACUUCACCUCCCAAGUCACUCCCUGACAAGCAGUCAACUACAACUAUUGAGUCACACCCUGUUGUCGAUUCCAUUAUGGCUGCACCUUGGGACGAGCAGACAACAUCAUCUGCAGAGUCACACCCUGUUGUCGAUUCUAUUAUGGCUGCACCUUGGGACGAGCAGACAACAUCAUCUGCAGAGUCACACCCUGUUGUCGAUUCUAUUAUGGCUGCACCUUGGGACGAGCAGACAACAUCAUCUGCAGAGUCACACCCUGUUGUCGAUUCUAUUAUGGCUGCACCUUGGGAUCAUGAAGCUGGGAACAUGUCUCACCCUGUCAGAGAUACUACAAUAACUGCACAUGGGUAUCAAGAGCCAAAUGAACCAACUGUAUCUCAUACCAUCUCAAACGCUGCCAUGGCUGCACCUUGGGGUCAGCAACCAGCUAAUGCACCACUGGAAUUCCCUCCUUCAUCUGAGGAAGAACAUGAUGGCUUAGCUGCUACAGAGUCUGGAGUGGAUGCCUCCUCUGGCUUCUGGGAUGAGGAGUCUGCUGAUGAACUGGAUGUUGAUGCCUCUUCAUCAAGUUCUCAAAACCCAUUUUCCCAGCAAGCUACCUUCAACCCUGUCACUUCAUCUGCUGUGUUAGAGGCUUUUGCGCCCACAGUGUCUUCCAUCGACCCUUCCCCAACAUUCACUGAUGAACCCACCUUGGAGCAUACCCCUGCUGCUGCUGCUACAGAGCCUGCACCCUCCAUCACUGAGGAAUCUUCCGCAGAUGACAAGGUAGAUAAGGAGCCUGUCACCUAUGCUGAGUCUGUGGUAUCAGAGGAACCAUCUCUUGCAGCAUCCAUCCAGCCUAUGGUAGAGCCUGCUUUCCCUGCCGAGGAGCCAGCUCCUCAAGUCCCUCCCCCUGUUCCACAUGAGGUACCAACUGCUGGAGGCCCAGUCUCUGAUCAAGAUGAGUGGCCUCCUCUUAUGCCAGCUGGUACAACUGUCGAUCAGCGUAAUCUGCUGCCCAAAGAGGGACCCAAAGGCACCCCUUUUGAAGCCACUGGCACUGUCCCAUUCUCAUGGGCUUCUGUCUCAACUCCUCCUGUGGGAUUCCCACCCAAGCAAGUUAAGACCUCAGCUUGGGACGUGGCUGACAAUUUGGAUCCUUUCAAUCAGGUUGCUGCACCUCCACAAAGAUCAGCACCACCAGCAGCACCAACACCUCAAGUUACACCCCAUCCUGCCACUCUACCUGUAACCUUGUUUACACCGCAGGCUGCACCAGUGACUCCACCAAUGGGUGCUCAAUUACCAGAAACAGAACAACCACAAAUGGUAGCCCCAUCAUCUACUGUUACACCACCAGUGACAGAGCCAGCACCACCAUCAUCAGUGGUAGCCCCACCACCAGCUGUACCUACACCAGCAACAGCGCCACCACCAGUGGUAGCUCCACCACCAUCUGUGUUUGCCUCAUCAUCAGGUGUACCUACACCAGUGAAAGCACCACCACCAUCUGUGUUUGCCUCAUCAUCAGGUGUACCUACACCAGUGGCAGCACCACCACCAGCGCCACCACCAUCGGUGUUUGCCCCAUCAUCAGGUGUACCUACACCAGUGGCAGCUCCACCACCAUCUGUGUUUGCCCCAUCAUCAGGUGUACCUACACCAGUGGCAGCUCCACCACCAUCUGUGUUUGCCUCAUCAUCAGGUGUACCUACACCAGUGACAGCACCACCACCAGCGCCACCACCAUCGGUGUUUGCCCCAUCAUCAGGUGUACCUACACCAGUGGCAGCUCCACCACCAUCUGUGUUUGCCCCAUCAUCAGGUGUACCUACACCAGUGGCAGCUCCACCACCAUCUGUGUUUGCCCCAUCAUCAGGUGUACCUACACCAGUGACAGCACCACCACCAGCUCCACCACCAUCUGUGUUUGCUCCAUCAUCAGCUGUACCUACACCAGUGACAGCACCACCACCAGCGCCACCACCAUCGGUGUUCGCUCCAUCAUCAGGUGUACCUACACCAGUGACAGCACCACCACCAGCGUCACCACCAUCUGUGUUUGCCCCAUCAUCAGGUGUACCUACACCAGUGACAGCACCACCAGCAGUGGCAGCUACAUUAUCAGCACCACCACCAUUGGUGUUUGCCCCACCAACAGCUGUACCAACGUCAAGGACAGUACCAGUGGCAGCUCCACCAUCAGCUCCGCCACCAUCUGUUUCGGCCCCACCAACAGAUGUACUACCACCAGCUCCACCACCAUCAGUGUUGGCCCCACCAACAGCUGUACCAAUGUCAAGGACAGCACCAACACAAGUGGCAGCUCCACAACCAUCGAUGUUUGCCCAAUCAUCACCUGUACCACCACCAGUUCUUGCUGCACCACUUUCAAUGGCAGCCCCACAAUUAUCGGCACCACCAGUGGCAGCCCCACCACCAGUAACAGCCCCAACAUCAGCAACGGCCCCACCAUUAGCAGCAGUCCAACUACCAGUGGCAGCCCCACCAUUAGCGACAGCCCUAUCAGUCGUCCAGUCACCAACUGUAAGCCGGCCAUCAGUGGCAGUCCCACAACCAGUAACAGCCCUACCCAGAACACCUCACAUGGGUAAAACUGAACCACCCACUGCUUGGGCCACGCCCUUGCAGCACAGCACUGCUGAGCAGUUUGAGGGUAGUGUUCAGUCUAACGUCAAGAAAGAGGAAGAAAUUCCUCCUCCUGAGGCUGGGCUACUUGCAAAGGCGACCCAAAAGAUGAAGGCAGAACAUCGUAGGACACCUGUCUCCAUGUCUUCUCUCUGGGCAAAUGGAAAUGCUGCCCCAUCCUCCUCUUUCCUGUUGGCACCAGCUGUUACCAAGCCUGUUCCUGCUGUUAACUUGUUCUCCCCGGUGAGCAGUCCCAAAAUUGCGGGCAGCAUACUGUCCCCUUUCACUCCAUCUGCUGCUCCUCAUACCAACCAUCCAGUGAGUGCAUCAACAGCACAACAGGACACUGCAUCUCUAUUCAGUCAACCUGCAGCUCUGCCCACAGGCGUCGCACCCAUGCAUGGAAAGAGGACUUCUGUAGAAGCACCCUCAGGAAGUGACCAAAACAGGGGUCUCCACUCGGUGGGCUACAAUGAGGCAGCCACUCCAGUUAAUACACCUAAUGCCUUCACUCCUUCAAAGGGUAAUCAACCUCUGGGAAACAGCUCAACCAAGGGACAGGAGGGGUAUACACAGCAUGGCCAACAAGAUAAUGCCAUAACACCACUGUAUACGGGGUCUCCCAACCAGUAUUACACUCCACCAGCAGCAACUCCUGCACGAAGUGCUCAUGCUGAUGCAAUGACUGCUGCCCCCUCCUCUGCCACAGGUGAACACACCUCAAUACCAUCAACUAGUGAGCCUCCUCUUACAGCAAAAGAGCAGAGGAAAAAGGAAAGGCAGGAGAAAAGGGAAAGGAAAGAAAAGAAAAAGGCAGAGAAAGCUGCAGAAAAGCUUGCAGCAGCAACACCAUCCGAAGAACCACUAUCACACCACCCAGUGGCAGAGCAGAGGUCGGCCUACCACAGGCCAGAAUUUCCAGGAAAUCCCCAUUCUGGAAAUCCCAAUUCUGACAUUUACCCUGGGAACCCUCUUUCUGGAAAUUCCCUUCCUGGAAAUCCUCAUCAUGUAGACCAUUCAGAUAAACUUGGUAUGGCACCUAGAUCUGGACACUUAGACCACCCUCUCUCACCUAAACAUGGGAGUUACACACCAGAAAGGAGCAAAGAGUACUAUGGUCAGCCAGGUGAUCACCCUCCUACAGAAGAAAUGAGAACAUCAUCCUUGAGCAAUCAGUACAGUAACUACAGCAGAGACUAUCCAAACCCAGAGUCCCAAUAUGACCCCCAAAGAAGGGGUGACUUUGAGGGGGACAGGUUUGAUAGAAGCCCUGAUUAUGAUAGCCACCGGAGGUCGUCUAACCCUCGCGAUUACUACGAGACCCGUAGGGACUAUCCUGAUGACAUGGAUCGUAGUAGGAGCAGGGAUUAUGAUUACCGCUAUGACAGGCGUGAUUAUAGUGGUUACCAUAGCGAUGGCUCUUAUACUGACCCCUACUACCAUACACAAGAUAGAGGGUAUGAUCGCUCUAGGCGUGGUGCCUAUGAGCAGGGUCUUGGUCACAAUCUAAGACACUCUCGCGAGGACCUUUUUCACGAUGACCUACAGCGCUCUCGUGAGGACCUUUACUACCCUGACCAUCGGCGCACAAGUAGUGAAGAUCGCAGUGCAUUUAAACUUGUUGAUUAUGGACAUAGGUUAAGCCGCGGCUCCAGUCGGUCACGGUCCCCCAACUCAAGCUCUGGUAGAAGUUCCCCUUCACGGCAGUUCUACCAUGACCCAUACUCCUACUACUACCAAGGCUAUGGCAUGCCAUCUCCUUAUAACUACCCAGGGUACUACCCCCCUGAUUACUACCAGCGCUACUAUGAGGAGUAUUACCGCCAGAUGGGCUAUGGCUCAGCCCCUGGAAGUCAGUACUCUGGGGAAGGAUCUGGGCACAUUGAGAAGGAGACUCGUGAACCAUCGCCAACAACUCAGGAAGAACCAGUUGAAGUAGAGGAGAUCCCGCCAUCUAGGCUGACUCCGCUUCACUUUCCACGGCCGCAUGUCAGGGGCUGCUUCACUCUCAGCGGCCAACUUCUUGUCAUCCCCCCUGUUCUACCAGGCGAUGGUGUCCCAGCUUACAUCCAGAAUGCUCAAAUCAAGAGUGCUGUCUUUAGCCAGGAAGACCUUCUGUUGAUUGAGGAGUUCCCUGGACCACUAAUUGGUCGUGAUUCCAUACGUAAUAUUGUGAUGGAAUACAUUCGUGAGCAGACAAACAAAAUAAAAAACACAAGCACCUGUGGCCCUUCAUCCCAGGCUCGCUGGGUCAUCUGGCAGCUGAUGUACUUGCUUGUCAAACACUGCGGGGCAAUUGUCACUGCUGACAUAGCAGAAGCCUUGAUGACUUUAGUGAAACUGUUUGCAAAGAAACCACUACAGCAAGCUCCACGAGCCCUGCCAGAGGCACCAUCAGACGAGGAGUCAUCAGAUAGCGAGGACUCAGAGGACGAGAGCUCGACUGAGACUAGCUCUGAGGAAAGCUCUGAUGAUUCUAUUAGUCCACCAAAACCAGCUAAGGCUGCAAAGCCACCUAAGGCCCCAAAAGAGCGCAAAGCUCGUAAGCAAGCUGAGCCUCCUGUUCCGCCAGAGUCGCCUGAGCCGACACCAGAAAUGGGACACCUAAUGGUGUUCCGAGACCUGAUGCUUGAGGGUCAGAAAAAGGAGGCGCUUACCUAUGCCAGUAACCAUGACAUGUGGGGACACGCCAUCCUUGCCAGUGCUCUACUGGACCACAGAGCAACCAAGAGCUUGCUACAGACACAGACCAGCUCGUGGGUCUGCACAAAGUUCCUUGGGACAAUUGAUAAUGACGACCCCUUGCACACUGUGUAUGAGCACCUCGGUGGCCAGACUCCACAUCUUCUAAGUAGCUCAAAGAACUGGGCUUCUAAUUUAGCCGCCAUUGUUGCUAACCCAACUCACAACCGUGAGAAAGAUAUGGCCAACAUCAUCACCUUGGGAGACACACUGGCUAAAGAGCCCGACCUUGUGUGUGCAGCCCAUGUGUGUUAUAUCCUGGCCGGCCUGAAACCAGGCCCUCCUGGCACUAAGACCAAGAUGGUACUCCUUGGCACUCGCCACGAAACAAACCAAUACCACAAGCUUGCAUCCGUCGAGCCACUUCUUUUGACAGAGGUGUUCGAGUAUGCCAGAGGUCUACAAACCCGAGACUUCUAUUUGCCAAGCAUUCAGAUGUUCAAGUUCUUUUAUGCAAAGAAUCUCCUUGAAGCAGGAAUGGUCAGAAAGGCAUUCGACUAUCUCCAAUGUAUUGGGGAUGUUAUUGUUCACAACCCUCAUGCCUUUAACCAUGGACUCAUGAAAAAUGUCUAUGAGACCUCUGACCAGAUUCUGGGUCAACUAGAGUCUGCUGGUGAGAGUGUUGAGACUCACGACAGAGAAUGGAUUACCAGACUCGGCCAAGUGAUGAACGGGGAAACUCCAACCGAUCUCUCCUUGCCUGAACUUGAGGAGAGCCAGGAUCCUCUAGCUGAGAGUUCACAGUCAUUCUUCUCAGGGUAUGACCCAGCGAGAGGCGGAAACACCGGAUCUACCUAUCAGUCAUCCCUCCCAGAGGUUCAGGACCAAUUUUCUAAUGACUCAGAGCCCUCAGAAACCUCAGGGUUGGGGUCAACACACGGGACUCCUCGUAAGGAGACACAUGACCAGAGUGGGAAUGUUGGUGGCGGUAUCACCCAGGAACCGUGCUUCACUAAGACGGAACCUCCUGCCCCACCCUCGAACUACUGGUCCCCGCCCAUGCAACCGAUGCAACAACCAGACCAAGAGCAGCCAACCCCUCAAGACAUGAGUCAGCCACAAGACAUGGGCUAUCCUGAGUCACAGCCCCAACACAUGGGCUAUCCAGAAUCCCGGCAGCAAGACAUGGGCUAUCCAGAGUCGCAGCCACAAGACAUGGGCUAUCCAGAGUCGCAGUAUGAGCAACACCAGCAACAACCUUUUGCGGUACAGGGUGACCAGAGCUACUGGCAACCGCCUCAGCCUGGAUUUAGAAAUGCAGAUCGUGCUGCCGAGGAAGAAGAGGGGGAGACCACACCCACUAAUCCUCCCAACACCUUUGAUGACUUCUAUAACCAGUCACAUCAGAAGGUGGCCCGGACUGCUAGCUGGGACGACCCCGCCAUGACGCCCACACCAGCGACACAGGAGAUGAAUCGAGAUGAGAUGUUCCCUCCAAUGCCCCCACCCCAGCCCCCACAGGCUCGGCAAGAGCCCACUAAUAAGCCCAGUGAGGAUAAACCAGGCGGGAAGGACAAGAGCAAACCUCCCUCUAACGGCUCUGGCUGGUUUUCUGGCAUUGGGUCACUCAUCAAGAAGGUCAUCCCAUCUGGACCGAAUGAGAUGAAACUACCUGACGACCGAAAAAAGACUAUCUACUUUGACAAAGAGCUCAACCGCUGGGUGAACACAGAGGAGGACAGCAAAGAACAAGCCCCUCCUCCACCCCCUCCUUCUGACGCCAUGAUGCAAGGAAUGGGAGCUCCUUCAAUGAGUGAACCUCCUGCUGGAGGUCCUCCUAUGGGGCAGGGACCCCCAAGACCCCCUACCAACCCAACCGCCGCCCCGAUGGGGCAGCCACCAUCCAUGACCAGUGCACUGAGCAGCAACGGACCCUCCAUCCCUGAUAACCAGCGUGCUGGGUCAGGCACACCCCCUGGUGUAGGGCCAGCACCCAUGCCAGGACUGCCACCCAUGCCACGCCCAGCUACCGAGCUUCCUGUCAUGAGAACUUCAGGUCCGCCUUCAAAAUUUUCGCGAAAAGCCACUGGGAGACUAGGUCGCAAUAAGAUGUAUGUCGACGUCCUCAACCCUAACAAGGGCAGUGGUACCCAGUCCACCGCUGCCCCUGCUGCCCUCUUCCCGCUCUUACCCGGAGGAGGUGGGGGUGUUGCUGGUGGGGUUCAAUUCUUCGUUCCUUCUGCAGCACCUCCAACUGAAGAAUCCAACCCUGAAUCAAACGAGUUGCAGAACGGAACCCAAGCACAGGAGGCACCUUCUAAUUCUUUCGAUAACUCUACAACUGAGCCUACUCCGACACACUCUCGAUCGAGCUCGAUCGGUAGUUCGAUAUCCCUCGCCUCGGCCGAGGUGCGAAGCUAUUUUGAACCCCAGCCCGACACCGCUCCUUCACUAGACUCAACAGACUCCAACCCUCAGGCUCCGCCAUUCUUCAACCCAGCAUCCUUUACACCACAAUCCAAGGCCCCCUCUUUCCGCCGCGGACGUGGUCGCCCCUACCCUGGGGGCGGCUACCGGUGACGAGGGGCCUGGGUCCGACCCUUAUUUCCCACCGCCAUCUCUGACAUCAAACCAACAUGUUGAGAUGUGACUCACCUGCCAAUCACAGGGGUCUUUGUGUUACCUAGCAACGAAACGCGAGUGGACAUUAAAACCACGCAACAUGGUAUUCCCAUGGCUCUACAUCCGGAAAAAUGUUCAUUGUCCUCACCAUGGUUACAGCAUUGCCGUCACCACCUUUAACAGCGUUACCAUCACAUCACAAUCACCAUAGUUUAAGUCAUCGAGGUCAUCACCAUGGUAACAGGAGUCUAUAGCAUGUGACCACGUGUCUGACCACGCCCACUUUGAGGUGGCAAAACGUCGCUCCAGGGCUCACGUCCCUAAGUGAUGCACGGCGAAUAAGGGCCCAAUUCGUCGCGCAUUGCUCUUUUGUGACCCUAGAAACGCACCUUGCCAUGGCAACCCCGGUGAUUGUUUACCCUAGACACAGGUAGCCCAAGCUUUGGUCCUUGUGUACUGUAGGCACAGUUAGCCCGAACAUAUUCUCAGAUGUUCUGUCUUUUGCGUUCUGCUAGUUGUUUGUUAACACUACAUUCGUAUCCAUGUCAGAGUUGACGGUGGGACUUUUUUUGUUAAAAUGGGCAGAAUAAUUAUUUAUCAAAAUUGGAGAAUUAUAAUAAAUGAUAUUUGUGAGGA